AAUCCAUCCAAAGCCUCCCUCAUUCACAAUUGAAAACACACAAAUAAACAAACCACUUUCUCUCCCACUUAUUUGGCAUGCUAAGAAACACACGACAAUAAUGUCUUACCAUAAUGGUAUGCAUCAUAACAACAAUGUUGUUGAAGAUCAUGAAACUCUGACAUACCAAACCUACCCGUGUGGAUACUAUGUUCAAAGCCCCUCCACAGUCUCCCAUGCAAAUAGCAUUGACAAACAUAGCAACAUCCAAAACGACACCGAAUCAACUUUCCAUUCCCCGAACCGAUCCGAGACCCUUCCGAUAAAUCCGGUCCACGAACAAGAACCCAACCGUUUUGCCCUUUGCCGCUACUCCUCCUCUCGAGGCUCCAACAACUCUUUCUUGCACCACAAGAAGGUCUCAUAUGACGGCACUGCCACUGAAAACGGUGAUGAUCACCAUCUGAUGAUCGUCAACGACAGUGGCAGUGUGGUCAGUGAUGAGGAAGAGAAAGGGUUGUUUGACGAGUAUUAUUAUGAAAAAAAUGGAGGGUGGAAGAGGUACUUCUCUUACCAUAACUCUGAUUCAUGUGCAUGGAUUUGGUUGCAAGUUACUUGGAGAGUUAUGGUGAGUUUUGGAUUUGCAUUGCUUGUUUUCUACAUUGCUACAAAACCUCCAACACCCAAAAUCUCCUUUGAGAUUGCAAGGAUUCCAGAAUUUAAACUAGGGGAAGGAGUGGAUAGAACUGGAGUGACAACAAAGAUUCUGACAUGCAAUUGCUCCAUGAAUUUAAUCGUCGAGAAUAAAUCAAGAUUCUUUGGUCUUCAUAUUCGGCCUCCCAAGAUGGAUAUGAAAUUUUCCAUCUUACCCUUUGCAUUUUCAAAUGGACCUGAGCUAUACGCAGAAAGUGGAUUAACAGUCUUUCCAUUGCAAUUAGAGGUAAAGAAUAAGCCCAUGUAUGGUGCUGGAAGAAGCAUGGAGGAUAUGCUAGAUUCUGGAAGAGGAUUACCAAUAUUGAUACAAGUAACCUUGAGUUCAAGUUUUGAAGUUGUGCCAGCACUUGUAAAGCCUAAGUUCCAUCACCGAGUAGAAUGUAUAGUGGUUCUUAAGAAGACUUACAAUAAGAAACAUCAUUCCCAAGCAUUUAAUAGCACUUGUAAAGUAACUUCUUGAUUAAAUGUGAGUUUGAAGUACUCUAUAUUAUUGAUAAAAGCUUGAAGUCUUUUGGUGGGUUGUUAAACGGAAAGGAGAGAAAGUGGUGAGAAAGGAUUGAGAAAAGAAAAAUAGAAGAUAAUGAAGUAGAUGUAAUGUAUUAUUUGGUAUUAGAACAUCUCCAAUAUAAGUGAUAUUUUGGUUAAGAGCAUGUAAUGCUUGUUAGCUACCCUCCUUAAAGAAGCAAUCAAAGAUAGGGAAAUGCUACCCGGGACACUAUUUAAGAAUUUUAAAAUAAGAAGUUAUUAUUUACAAAAA